CGACACCCUUUCGACAGGCCGUGGCUUGCAGGGCUCUAGGCGUAGAUAGGCUACGCUCGUUGUUUUUGAGCCAGUCGGCAAUCAGGCCGCACCGUCGCCUCCAAAUUGGUCGUCGAACAAGUGCGACCACAUCUUCCUUGCUGGCCGUCUGUCACGGCCAAGUAUCAGUGACAUUCGUUCUUGGUACCCGAUAACUCUUGGUGAAGCGAUGUCGGUGAUGCUGUGGCUACCCCCUUCACUUUGCCUACCCCGCCUCUGUCUAACCCUAUGCGUUCUGUUGUCAAGAGCGCCGACGAACCACGUAUUACCGCGUCGUUGAGACAGGCAAAGCGUCUCGCGAGUGAAAUGCCGCAGGCUCUGACAUUCGGGCCCGAGGGCGACGGUUGGGUUUACGACAGGAACACCAAGUCCUACGACUUGGCGCGCGGGGCGUCCUCGGCGCGAUUCACGAUCCGCACCACGGCGGGUCCCCCGGACACGUCCAUCACUAUAGCCCCAAGCCGAAGUGCGCUGGUCGUAGUCGACAUGCAAAACUACUUCCUCCAUCCACGAUGUAGCGCUCAUCCUAGCGGCCUCGCUGCCGUAGAACGAACCCUGGAAGUCAUUGAGAGAUGUAGGGACAUCGGCGUUAAGAUCAUCUGGUUGAACUGGGGGCUGGCCGAGGAGGACCUCGGUGCCAUGCCCGCGGCGGCUCAGCGCAGCUUCGCCAGCAACCUCAUCCUGCCGCCCUCGGGCGCGAGCACGCCGGCCAGGAACGGCUUCGGGUCCGACAUGGGCGAGGGCAGGGGCCGGCUCCUGAUGGCGGGCUCGUGGAACGCGCGCCUGUACGACCCAUUGCAAGUCGCUAGCCGGGCAGACGCGGACCUCUUCUGCGACAAGGACCGCGUCUCGGGCCUUUGGCACGGCGAGACGCCGCUGGCGCGGGCGCUGGCCGCCGGCGGGUUCCGCACCCUCCUGUUUGCCGGCGUCAAUACCGACCAGUGCGUGCUGGGAACGCUGGCCGACGCCUACUACCAAGGGUGGGACUGCGUCAUGGUAGACGACUGCUGCGCGACGACGACCCCGGGGGGGCAGGAAGUCAGUGUUUACAAUGCCGCGAAGGUAUACGGCUUCGUGGUGAAUAGCAAGAGUAUUCUCGAGGGGUCUAUCGCGUGAAAGGACAUAUCCGUUACGACAAGAGAUACAUAAACGAGAAAUGGCAUUCUCGAAUUACCAUGGAAUGGCCCCCUUUCCAGUCUACAUUUAGGGACUUGUAUGAGCCUUUGGAGCUGGUUAACUUGUUAACAGCUGUGUAUAAUGAGCUGUAAUCGCUCGGCCGCCUUCUCACUGUCUCCUAUUGAUAUUAACAGCAUAUAUCAAGCUAUGUAUUUUAAAUACGCAUUUACUUUACUGUCCACGCUUACACAUCCCAAGAUGACGAUACAUUGGGAGACUAUAAGAGUAUAAUAAUGCCCAUACCUAAGAAAAACUAGCAAUUUAC